CUAAUGGCGGAGUGGGGUUUAGAUUUCAGGCUGGUUUCGGCCUGUGAGGAAGCUGGGGAUGGGGAUGGGGUUACUUGGCUCCCGGGCCUAAUAGAAAUGAUGGCGGACGGGACAGUUUCGGUGAGAAAUUUAGGAAGAAUAACAAAUAUUUUAUCACACGAAAAUCUGUUUUCCUCAGUUUUUUUUGUGUAAAAUAUCAGCAGCUUGUGCUGUGUUUAAGGCUGAUGUAUGAACGUGAGGCUGAUGACACAUUAGGCUGUGUCUAAGAUUGCCUUGUGUUACUUUUACAGUACCCAUAGCCUGUUGCACACACACACCCCUAAUGCAAUUCUAGUAAGUAGGAACAAACCAAACAGGUGAAAGAGCCUUAUCUCUGCGCCUAUACAGUUCUUUAUAAACCCACAGUGGAUAGACAAAAUAACUAUGGCAGUACUUACAUACAGAACUUUUUGAGUCAAGGCAAAAGGUUGCAUAAUUUGGUGUAAAGUGCACAAACCUAAAACCCCUGAGCAGUGGGAAAAAGGAUUAUAGUUUGAGUUUGUACCGUUUUCCACUUAGCAGUUUGAUGUGUGAGUUUUUUAAAACAACGUGAAGCAAAGUAGAAAGAGUUCCAAUAAUCAAUGCCAAAUUAAAAAGUACAUUUGUUUAACAAAAAAAUAUGGCCAAAUGCUGAACAACUUUCCAAAUCCCAAUUUCCAUUCUCCAAUGAUGUUUCUAUCAAAAACCUAUUUCAGAUAACAUGAUUGAUGGUGGGACCCCCUGUCCUGCUGAGCUUUAGGCAAAUACCCCUUUUCCCCAUUUAUUAAAUGGAAAAGAGUUAUAGUUGCAGUAUCUGUUAAUGUCACCAGAACUGCAGUUGUUAUUUCUCUUUUCUAUGUAACGCCUUUAAUACAAAAUGUCGUUAUCAUUAUUCUUAAUAUUAUUAUUAGACGGACACACAAAAUAAAGUAGGAGCAACACUGAGUCAGUGCAGUAACUAUUGACAACCAAUCAAGGUCUGCGGUCCUUGGUUGAUUCGCUGGUUUCAUUCAUGGGAUUGAUCCCAGUUGCUUGCUAAUGGGUUGUACUAGAAUUCUGUACUAAAUUCUCCCAGGUGUAAGUAUUUAAUGUAUUUCCAGUGUAUGAUAAUUGUCACUGUCACUACAACUGCAAUUCCAAAAAUAAAAAUCACUGUGGAAAUAAUUUACACCUGUUUUUGCUUUUUAUUUAGAUUAUACGUAAGAAGCAUGUACUGUCCAGUUUUCAGACUAUGCUGCAAAAUAAUGCAUCUAGCAUCAUUGAAUUACUGACCAGUGAUGACAGAGUUUGUACUCAGUUUAUAGGAACAUUUCUGGGUAUGCUACAGAAUGUUGAAGAUUCAGCUGUUUUAGACCUAGUUACUGAAAGUUUGGUACAGCUAAUAACUGAACUUCGCCUAAAGCAGGUUUUACACUGUGUGCUGGAUGGGUGUCAGAAAGGGUUAUGUGAAGUUAGCAAUAUGACCUUGAGCUUGCCACUUUUGAGCUUCAUGGGAAAGUUGGUAGAUGCCAUUCCAGAUCUUGCUGAUUUUAUUGCAGCUACUCAUUAUGAACUUGUGGAAUACUUGUCACAGGGAAUGCUGUAUCCUAAUGAAUUUGUGAAGGCUGCCAUAUGCUACUUGUAUGGGCAACUUUAUUCCUUACCCAGUGCUGCAGAGAAACUCACUAAUCACUUUACUGACAAACUCUGUGACCUUUUUCUGGGCACCUUAGAAAAUGCACAAACAAAGGAGCUACAAAUAAAUUGUAUGGGAUUACUUAAGCAGUUGUUAAAGUAUGACCAUUUUGUAUUAAUGAUUAUGAAUGAAUCUGAAUGUCCUGGUGAUUCAGAAAGCACAUCUACACUGGAGGCUCAAAACCCACUUCCUAUAGUUUUAAAAAAAGUUCUUUUGUCUGGAGAAGAACUAUUACAGAUAGCUAGUACACAAUGCAUUGCUGCCAUCCUUGUGCAUUCACCGACAAAAUAUGCACCAGCAUUUAUUUAUGCUGAUAUCCCAGAGUUUUUGUUUGAGAAUCUUUUAAGCACAAAUGAGGUCUUAAUCUGGUCACUAUAUAGCUGCCUAUUGCUAAUGACAGAAGAAAGGAUAUUCUUCUCUAAAUGUUACUCAGUUUAUGGUAUCGAAUCUGUAGUGAGAAGUUUAAAAAACAUUCUUCAGACUAACAAUAUUGAACUACAGAAACAGGGAUUGUUAUUGCUUACAGAAAUACUUUCUAGGCAGCCAGUGCAAAUCAACCUUUUUACUAAUCCAGGGAUUUUCAGAUUAACCACAGAUGUGCUCCAAGAGGCAGUGAAUUGCCCCGUUCUUGAGGUUGCAAUAAAAGCCAACAGAUCAGCAUCUGCGUUUCUCAGAAAGGAUCACUUAAGCAUCCCAGUGCAGUAUGGGGAAUUGCAAAACUUGGUCAGUAAGAUCCUUCACCGUUGUGCUGAUCUGCCUCUUCCUAUGGUUAAGAAGAAAUUAGGUCAACCAACUAAUAGGGAUCAGACUAGAAUCAAUACACAGCACGGGCGCCUUCUGACUACUGGUUUGCAGAGUUUUCACAAUGCUUGUAGGUUGGCUUUUGAUUGUCAAAGUGACCCACUGACUCAGGAAAAUGCAUUCACAGCACCAACUUCUCAGAGUGAAGAGACUUUAGAUACAUUUUCCUGCUUUCUUUUAAAGAUUUGUGAUCAGCUGUGCAUCCCAACUGUCUUGAAGUAUUAUGAAAGAGCUUUUAUUUCAGAAUCUAUGGAGACAUUUUUCCGUAUACUUAGUGAUUUAUUUGUAAUUGCACCUACCAUGAAGGAAGCAUUUUCUGAGAAACUAGCUUCUGUUUCAUUUAUUAGACUAGCUUUUAAAAUGAAGACAACUUAUCAUUUUGAGCAGAGGUAUCCUAAUUUAAACCAAGCUUGUUCAGACUUUCUGUAUAAUUUGUGCUGCAUACUGUGGACACUGAAAGCUGGGGGUCAUAGUUCUCUAAAUGGUAAGAUCUUUAGCAAAUAUAGGUGUGCUUUACAUUUUAUUCAUCAUGACAUUGUGAUUUUUUUUUUUAAUACAGCAAAUAUAGGAGACAGCAGUACAGAAGGAAAGGUAGCAGACCUUUUGCAAAGGCACAUCAUUCACCUAAAUGGCACUAUAUCGGAAUAUCUUCAUAUACUGCUGGAAUCGCCAGACUGCUGCACUACAAACAAAUCAUUAAGGAGUCAACAGUAUACACUGAUCAUUAUUUUUUUCAUUUCAUAUAUUUGGGAAGACAGGCUGGUACCAGAGACUGAUUUAUUCUGGGCCGUUUUAGGAUUUCUGAAUUCCAUGCAAAGCCUAGGGGACAUACCUUCUCCAUAUGUUAUGAAAGCUGUUAUUUACCUUCUGGCAGUUUGUCAAGAAAAGGGUCAAGCAAUGAGUGAGGCAUCAGUAAAUGGCAUUUGUAGAAUGCUUGAGAGAGUUGGUAACCUGCAGCUCAUGUACUUCCACCAUCCCCUGUUUUUCAAAUUUUUCUUCUGCUAUCCUCAACUGAUGGAAAUGCUUGGCCAAAGAAUAGCAGAACUCUAUAUUUCUAUGCAAGACUGCAGUCAGAUCAGUGAGCUAAACAACCAUCAAGUUUGCAGUAGCACCAACAACAAGGCCUGUAACGUAUGUAGUUUGUUGCCACUGAUUAAAAUCCUUGGAAGCAAUCCUGAAGCAUUGAUCAUAUUUAUGGAUAUAAUUGUCAGCGGCUCAGAAGAAUUGGCUAACAAAGUGCUUAUCAUAUUAACAGUUUUCUUAAAUGGAAAUGACAGUGGUCAUAUAUCUGCAGUGCUGUGUAGCAGGAUCUUGCAAGUGUUACAGAAAAUCCUAAUAGAGUAUACUUCUGCAGGAUUAAAAGAAAAAAACUUGCCUUUGAUCCUUAGGCUGCUUUAUCUUGUGAAGCUAAAAAGCCACUCAGACAGAACGAUGGACAGCACUGACUUUAAACUUCUUCAUCACGUAAGCAGUUUAUCUAAGAAAUGUAAUGUCAACAAUACGAACAUCUUGCAGCCUUGCUUCAACUUCAUUUACUGCAUCCUACACCAGUCAAGUACCAGCUGUACAAUAAGAGGGGCCGCUAUGUUGCUGUCCAACUGCAGCCUGAUUGAACUGAUGGAGCAACUUUUAGCACUUACAUGGGCUUCCUCCUCUUCUAGUGAAUCAUGCCAGGCUCUGUGUUGCUCUUCGUGGUUGAUUGCAUCGUCUUUGGUGUAUUUCCAGCACUGUUACAAUUUGGAGGUCCACAGAACCCUGCAUGUGGAUUUGGAUACGCUUCUACAGCUUAUUUCUUUCAGAAGUAAAGGAAAAUCACCCUUGCUGUUAGUUAGCAUUAUUCAGCUACUAAAAACACUACUGAAGCAAAUAUUUUCCUCAGCUCUUCUCAGAACAAAGCUGUCAACUCAGCCUGUGGAAGAAUCAAGUAUCCAGCCUCUGAAUACAGAAAGUGCUCUCUAUCUUUUUUCAGCUUUGCAGAACUUUCUUAUACAGAAGCACCUUCUGCUUGUGCAAGCAUCCAUUGGCUGCCUCGAAUCUCUUUUAGAUUUUCUGUUUAUCAAAAACAAGGAUGUUGUAUUCCAUAUGGCUUCACAACCUUCAAAUCAUUUUGUAUUGUUAACCUGUCUAAACGGUGCACAGAGUGUUUUCCUUCAGCGUGGCAUUCUUCGCUUUAUGAGUAUGCUUCUUAAGUACGGCUGCACCGAUACUCAUACUCUCUCGGAGAUGAAGCAAGUGCUUGAGAAUGCAGCAAAAAUUCAGAUUCCAGACAUUCCCUUUCCUGUGGCUGUAGAAUUAAAGAACUUCUUGCUGCAGCUACAGGAAACAAACGGCGCCAUCGGAGAUGCACAACGAGAAACCAUAAAUGAACUUCUUGAAAAAGUCGACUGCAUUCAGGAGCCACCUGUCACAGAAGACUUGUUAUGUGUCAGUGGAAUAGUAGUGUCACUGUCCCAUGUGACAGGCUGAAAAGCAGCGGAAACCUGGCAAGACCUUCUGUUCAGUGCUGGGCUGAAAUAUUUGACUCAAAAUGUUAUAAACUGAUUGUGUUUCAGAGAGACGAUAUAGAUACACAACUUGCUGUCAAGUCUGGAAGUCUGUGCCAGCCUCACCUAUAACACAAUUAGCUUUGCUGAGGCAUUGUUCUACGUUAUUGUAUUCUCUGAGAAAAUUCUCCAGACUGAAUUCUUCUAUUAAAAAUGGUUUGAUUAAAGUACCAUAAUCCCCUUACGCCCUUUCAUGUUUAGAGACAUUUAACCAUACACCUAUGAUUAAGUGUCUCUGAGCACAAAACGCAUUGAGUGGCUGUUUUGUGAUAUCCGCUCCCCUAGCUUAAGGCUCCUGCACCUGAGCCUCUCCUCCUGUGUGGGAGUUGUUGGACACCCCUUAUUGUUUUGCAUCAUUAUUUCAGCCUCAUUAUCUGCUCUUUAUCUUUCUGGUUAAUAAAUGGCACUGUGGUGACUGCUAGAGUAAAA